UAACACCUAGUGGAAAGGAGAUAAAUUAAUUGCUUUUAGCUUGUUUCCUCAAUUAAAACGUGGAUAAUGCAGUGUUUCUUGUACCAAAGCUGAUUUGAGGGUUAAAUGGAAAAGCAAAUAUGGGAGCAUCUGGUAAGACACUUGAAACACAGCAGGUUCUCUGUUAAGUUUAUUUUUUAAAAAAUAUUAUGUAAAACAUUAACUUUCAUAAAAUGCUUCUAGAACACUUUUCAAUUUUACCCAAAUAUAGUUAGGAUUUCUGAUAAAGGUAAUUAUGCAGUUAUGAGGCCAUGGGAAAAGUCUAUGAAACUUUUCAAUAGCUUUUAAUAGCACUGAGGAUUAAGACACAAUUAUUAAAUCUUGUGAUCCUCAAACUUUAGUGUUUUAGUGUGAAUCAGAGGAAUGCCUUGUUAAAACACAAAUCAUGAGGCUGCCUACCUCCAGUUUCUGCAUCCACAGUUCUGUAAUGGAGGCUGUGAAUUCGCAUUUCUAACAAGUUCCUAGGUGAUGCUGCUACUGCUGGUUCUGGACUAUACUUUGAGAACCUAGGAGUUUCUCUCCCCUAAGAUGUGGUUAAACAUAUGUAACAUAAUAUUUACCAUUUUAAUUAUUUUUAAGUGUUCAAUUCAGUGGCGUUAAGUACAUUUACACUGUUGUGCAACUAAUUACUACUAUCCAUCUCCAGGACUUUUUCAUCUCCCCAGAGAACCACUAGUUUAAUGUGACCUAUAAGGCCCCAUCUCACACAAUGCUGUCCCAUUCCUCCUUUGGCAGGCACUUACAAAAGGAACAAGGUUAACUGGCAGCAAGCUAGGAGGACUCUGCUCUUUAAACAGAAAAAGAAUCAAUAAUUAUUUCCUAAGACAGCUGUCCCUCCCCAUCCCUCCUAAUUAGAACAAAGGCAGUUUAGGAGAACAGAAGACAAACCGCCUCUCAGCUAGCUCAGUUUGAGAAAUAAUACAGCAAAAAAUGCUAACAUGUAUACUUACUAUCAGUGACAUCGAUGUAUGUUGGAGAUAUUCAUUCAACAAAGUACUUCCUAUGUGCCAGGCAUUGUUUUAGGAAAUAUACAAAAAAGAUAAAAAUCUGUGCCAAUAGAACUUGCAUUCUACUGGGGAGAAAGUUAUAUAUAUAUAUAUAUAUCUAUAUAUGUUAGGUACUCAGUUAUCUCCAUAACUUUACUCUUCCUUUGCCCUCAGGUCUUCCACCUCUCACCACCUAUAACUCAAUGCCACCUAAACCUACUCAGUAAUGCGCCAACUCCUCUGCCAAACUAACACAAAUCUUUGAUGGCGUUUCUGAUUAUUUUUCCAACUUUCUUAUUUCUGACAAUGAGGCAAUACUUCCGUAGUCCUCAACAUUAAAAAACUUGUCUUUAAGUCCUUCCUUACUCAGUAUCUCCAAACUCAUCCUUUCUUCAGACACUUCCUGAAUAUAUUCCUUUGUUAUUUCCAUCAUCACCUCACACAUCAGUUACUGUAACAUCUUCAUAGGUAGCAGCAGUUCAACUGGUAUGUAGUUACUGUGUUAAUUUUCCAGAAAUGUUUCUUGUAUUACUUCUCCUGCUAGAUCCAUUUAUUUCAUUAGGGAUUGCAAAAUGGUGGUAUUCUCCCCUUUCACAUUAACUAUUUGGUUAUCUUAAGGCAUAAAUCAUGCAGAAAAUGUGGAAUAAAUGCUGGAUUAUUGCCCUUUGCCAGUUUUCAAAUGAACAAAUUGGUUUUCUUGCAACUGCCUUGUGUUGCAUUUUUACACCUGUGAUGUGCUCUAGACUAUUUCAGUUGUUCCUUUUAAUCCCAUCUUUAGUUAUUGAGAACCCUUCUAAAUUGGCUCUGGAGUCCUUCGAACACAUCCUUAGUGGUAAUUGAUAGCUUUCUUUCUGACAAGAUAUUCCAGACUGAUUUUAAAUUCUCCUGCUAAAAGGUUUUUUUGGUUCAAAUUCAUUUGGUUCAAACUUCUCCAAACACCACACUUUAUCUCCUAUUACCUCCUCAUCAAAAUCCAAGGUAAUCUUUCCUCUCGUAGCCUUUUUCAGACUCAUUAUCGCCCCUACAUGUGCUCACAUCACUCUCACACCCCUUUGUUUCAAGAAUCUCAGAAUUCUUGAAGCCAAUGGUAUACUGGAGGGGGCCAGUGGAGACAAGUCCUGAUUUGUAGUGUUUGCCAAUAACCCUUACCAUAGCAGAUCUUAAGCUACUAAUGUAACAUCACCGAAUACGAAAUUGGGAAGAGACUUGCACAAAGUCAGUGGCUCCAGGACACCACAGCAGCACUUACAAUCUGGUCUGUAAUCUAAAGCUUUAUAUAUAUACUGUUUUGUAUAGGUUAUUCUGGUGUAUUAUAUGUUUGUUUGUUCACUGCAAUAAAUCAGCCAUAGGAGUGGUGCAGUCCAUGCAUUUUAGAGCCUUCACAGUAUACAUACAGGGCAUUCACUGUGUACUCAAUAAAUACUUGGUAAGACCUGGAGAGGAGCAAUGACCAAAGCCAAAGGUGGGGGUAGUUAAAAUGGGUAUGUUCUCAUUUAGGGUUGGUUAGCAAGAACAAACAGAACAAUAAGGUAGCAGAAUGUGAUAGAAAUAAAAUCAGAAUGGGAGCCAGGGGAUAUUGGCUAUGUCCCAGGUCUGUACCUGUGUGAUCCUUAGCAAGCCGAUUCCCUUCUUGGCCCUUAAGUUUCCUCAUCUGUAAAAAUUAGAGGACUAGACUACCUGACUUCUAAGAUACCUCUCUACUCUAAUGCUCUGAAAUGUCAGUUAAACUAAAAGGAAGGCAGCCCAUAGUCCAUUACAUUGGUAACAAUAAUGACGAUAAUAAAUUCAUUUUCAAAUCUGACCAGUCAACAGAGUUUAGGGCAGCAAAACUUUCUUUCAAGAAGAAACAUUCUUGUAAGGUCAUUCUAUUCCUUUGAACUAAUAAUCAUUCUGUAGAAAGAUACAAUAUCCUAAAAGUUGUAUCUAUUUUAUUCUUUCAGGAGAAAAGAGGUGUGAAAACUCACCUUAUAUCUGCAGCAUGUUCCAAGAUAUGUCCUAGCGUCCUUCGUCCAAAAAAUAUGCAUUGCCUGUCUACUAUGAGCUGAACACCAAUAAGUGGAAUUACUCAAGGUGAUGAGGACAAUUGAUGACAGAAUAGUACAUGAAUUAAACACUACGGUUCCAACAGCUUCCUUUGCAGGGAAAAUUGAUGCCAGCCAAACCUGUAAACAACUUUAUGAGUCUUUGAUGGCAGCUCAUGCCAGUAGAGACAGAGUCAUAAAAAAUUGUAUAGCCCAGACCUCAGCAGUAGUAAAAAACCUCCGGGAAGAGAGAGAAAAGAAUUUGGAUGAUUUAACGUUAUUAAAGCAACUUAGAAAAGAGCAGACAAAGUUGAAAUGGAUGCAGUCAGAACUGAAUGUUGAAGAAGUGGUAAAUGACAGGAGCUGGAAGGUGUUUAAUGAACGCUGCCGAAUUCACUUCAAGCCUCCAAAGAAUGAAUAAAGAGAGAUUCUUUUUUUUUUUUUUUUUUUUUUAAGGACUGGGUCAUCUCAUAAGAGCUAAGCAUGACAGAUAUCAACAGGGCGGGCUUCCUAGGAUGAUUCUGAGCCAACAGUCCAAGACCUUUUGUUGAUUUCAGCCCCACUUAGCCAAGACCUCAAAUAUAAAUAAUUCUGAUAAUUAUGGAGAAAUCAACUGCUAUUUUAUACUGAUUCUGUAAAAAAAAAAAAAAAAAAGUUUUGUAACUAUUAAAAUAAUUUUCUGACUCAGUGUA